AUGGCAAGCGUAUCUGAAAACAGCGGUAAUUUCGCUGACCUUAAGGUCUCAAAAUGGCUGGUCGAAGCUUUGCAUUCAAUGAAAAUCACCCAACCAACAGCUAUUCAAAAAGCAUGCAUUCCUAAGAUUUUGGAAGGAAGAGAUUGUAUUGGGGGUGCAAAGACAGGUUCGGGUAAAACUAUUGCAUUUGCUGCGCCUAUGCUCACAAAGUGGUCUGAGGAUCCGAGCGGAAUGUUUGGGAUUGUCUUAACUCCAACCAGAGAACUUGCGAUGCAGAUUGCCGAGCAAUUCACAGCACUGGGGAGUUCUAUGAACAUUCGGGUUGCACGAGUCGUGGGAGGAGAGAGUAUUGUCGAUCAAGCACUUGAGCUUCAAAAGAAGCCACACUUCAUAGUAGCCACGCCAGGUCGGUUAGCCCAUCAUAUCAUGAACAGUGGUGACGAUACCAUUGGUGGUUUAAGAAGAUUAAAGUAUCUGGUUCUCGAUGAAGCAGAUAUUCUACUGACUGACACAUUCACAGAUGACCUGGCAACGUGCGUUGGGGCCCUACCACCAAAAUCCAGCCGCCAGAACCUUUUAUUCACCGCCACCGUCACAGAUCAAGUCAAACAACUGCAACAUGCUGCAGCUACUCCGGGGAAGCCGGAGCUUUUUUCUUACGAGGUUGAGAAGAUGGACGAUGUUGCUAUUCCUAGGACGUUGAAGACAACAUACCUGCUCGUCCCGGAGCAGGUCAAAGAAGCUUAUCUCUAUCAGAUUCUCACUAGCAGUGCAUACAACGAAGCCAGCGCCAUAGUGUUUGUGAAUAGAACGGUGACGGCCGAAAUACUGAGAAGAACGCUGAAAGAUCUGGACGUACGAGUAGCCUCUUUACACUCACAAAUGCCACAACAGGAGCGUACCAAUUCUCUACACAGAUUUCGCGCAAAUGCCGCCCGUGUGUUGAUAGCCACGGAUGUGGCUUCGAGAGGUCUCGAUAUUCCUACUGUUCAGCUGGUGGUCAACUAUGACAUUUCCGCAAAUCCUGACACAUUUAUACACAGAGCAGGACGUACUGCUCGUGCUGGUAGGGCUGGUGAGUCUAUCUGUUUUGUUGGCCAGCGUGAUGUAUCGAGAAUUGAAGCUAUCGAAGAAAGGAUUAAUAAAAAGAUGACUUUAUUCACGGAUGUGCACGACACAGCGGUCAUCAGGAAAGCACUCAACAAAGUGACCGCUGCUAAACGGCAGAGCUUGAUGGCCAUGGAGAAGGAAAGUUUUGGUGAACGACGCAAGAUAAACGACCGCAAAAACGGGAAAAGGACUGUAUAA